GUGUGUGUGUCUCCCUGUUGUAAAACACAGCAACACCGGCCGUCUGCGUCAGGAGUGCACACUUCGCUCUGCGCAAUUACGCGGACUCCUAACCGGCACAGUUAUCAGCGCUAAAACGAAAAGACGAAAAAAUUCCAGCGGCUCCUUAACCUUCACAUCCUGGGUGGAAUGGACUUUUAAUCAGGCCGUCCUGAUCAUUUCAAGGACUUCCCUUCCAGGACUUCAGAGCAGUUUACGGUACACCAGCUGUGAAUGUUUUGAUAUGAUUAUUACGCAUGUGCUCCGAGCACAACUUUGAAUAGCGGGGCUUCUAAAUAGACAUUUUUUUUUCUUUUUAAAUAGCUUUCUUUCUUCUCUAAAAUUGGCUCCCGUACAAACAGCCGCGUUGGAUCCCUCGGCUUAUUGCGAGACUCCGGUUUAUAACCCGGAUCUCUGCCCUAAUAUGAUAGCCGCCCAGGCAAAGUUGGUGUAUCACCUCAACAAAUACUACAACGAAAAAUGCCAAUCUCGAAAAGCUGCCAUCUCCAAGACGAUCCGGGAGGUGUGCAAGGUGGUUUCGGAUGUCCUGAAGGAGGUGGAGGUGCAGGAACCCCGCUUCAUCAGCUCUCUCAGCGAAAUGGAUAAUCGUUUCGAGGGACUGGAGGUCAUUUCUCCCACCGAGUUCGAGGUUGUGCUCUAUCUGAACCAGAUGGGAGUAUUCAACUUUGUGGAUGACGGCUCUCUCCCGGGUUGCGCCGUGCUUAAACUCAGCGACGGCCGAAAGAGAAGCAUGUCUCUGUGGGUUGAAUUCAUCACAGCCUCCGGUUACCUCUCGGCGCGCAAGAUCCGAUCGAGAUUUCAGACACUGGUGGCGCAGGCGGUGGAUAAAUGCAGCUACAGAGAUGUGGUUAAAAUGGUCGCAGACACAAGUGAGGUGAAGUUACGCAUUAGAGACAGAUACGUGGUGCAGAUCACACCCGCGUUCAAGUGCACUGGGAUUUGGCCACGAAGCGCCGCGCACUGGCCUCUCCCUCACAUCCCCUGGCCCGGACCUAACCGGGUGGCGGAGGUCAAAGCGGAGGGCUUCAAUCUUUUAUCCAAAGAGUGUUACUCGCUGAACGGCAAGCAGAGCUCAGCGGAGAGCGACGCCUGGGUCCUGCAGUUCGCCGAGGCCGAGAACCGGCUCCUCCUCGGCGGAUGCAGGAAGAAAUGCCUGUCGGUGCUCAAAGCGUUACGAGACCGGCACCUGGAACUGCCCGGACAGCCCCUGAACAACUACCACAUGAAAACUUUGGUUUCCUACGAGUGUGAGAAGCAUCCCAGAGAGUCGGACUGGGAUGAGAACUGCCUCGGAGACCGCCUGAACGGGAUACUAUUGCAGCUUAUUUCAUGUUUGCAGUGCAGAAGGUGCCCGCAUUAUUUCCUGCCUAAUUUAGACCUAUUUCAAGGAAAACCUCACUCAGCUCUAGAAAACGCAGCCAAACAGACUUGGCGACUGGCAAGAGAAAUACUGACCAACCCCAAAAGCUUGGAGAAACUCUGAGGUAAAAAAAAAAAAAUAAUAAAAAAAUGUGAGUUUAACCUCGUCUUAAACAUGUGGUCAGGAGGCCUAAACAGAUCAUAAACGGACAGAAAAAUAUUGCCAACCAAUUUGCAAAGUUUUUGUCAAAUAUAACUGUCCUUUGAGGUUUAAUAUAUUUUGGCCUAGCCUGUUUCAGAUGAUUUUUUUUUAAUUUUUAUAACAGUUCAGUUUGCCAUUAUCCCCGUGGUGUCAAAAUUUAGGAGCAACAUUAAAUUAUUGGCUAUUAAUAAAAGAAAAACAAAAACGCCACAUUAACAGUGGUUUGUUUUCCUUCCGUGCCACACGGUUGCCUCAAUCCUAAAUUUCCUUGAAUGCUUUAAAAUAAAGCCCCGUGAAAAGCCUUGGAGAAAAGAAUAAUAAAAUAAAUAAAUAAAAACCACACAUCUGUACAUUUUAUACUGUAAAUACAUUCAUAGAUUGUGAUUCCAGUGGUCUGAAAUUGUGAAUGUUGUUCUGUGACACGUAAAUAGGAUCCACCUGUUUAAAUCUACUUCUGAAUAUUUUCUUUAUCUGUUAGAAACGUUAUUAAUUUAUACUUGCAUCAGUGGUAGUCUGAUUCAUCUGUUUCAAUGGACAUUUUUCUAAUUUUUUGAAAGUUUACAUUUUGAUGGUAGGCGUACAACAUUGAAAACAUUCCAUCAAUUUACUUGAAUUAUUAUUUAAAGUCCUCAAAGAUUUUUUUUUUUUUUUUGGUUGUUUUUUUUUUUCUCUACCAUGCCUAGGCCUACAUGAUAAAAAAAA